AUGGCCUGGAAGAUCACACCACUGCUGUGCCUUCUGGUGUGUGUGGCUGCUGUAGGGGCAGCCCGGCCCAGGACUCAGCUUCUCAAUGUCUGCAUGAAUGCCAGGUACCAUAAGGAAAAACCAGGUCCCGAAGACAAGUUACACGGACAGUGCAGCCCUUGGGAAAACAAUGCCUGCUGCUUUGUCAACACCAGCAUCGAAGCCCAUAAGGAUAUUUCCAGCCUGUACAGAUUCGACUGGGACCACUGCGGCAAGAUGGAGCCUGCAUGCAAGCGCCACUUUAUUCAGGACAUCUGUCUCUAUGAGUGCUCACCUAACCUGGGGCCCUGGAUCCAGGAGGUGAAUCAGAGCUGGCGCAAAGAACGGAUUCUGAAUGUGCCCCUCUGCAAAGAGGACUGUGAGAGCUGGUGGGAAGACUGCCGCACCUCCUACACCUGCAAGAGCAACUGGCACAGGGGCUGGGACUGGACCUCAGGGUACAACCAGUGCCCAGUGAAAGUUGCCUGCCAUCGCUUCGACUUCUACUUCCCCACGCCUGCUGCUCUGUGCAAUGAAAUCUGGAGUCACUCCUACAGGGCCAGCAACUACAGCCGGGGCAGCGGCCGCUGCAUUCAGAUGUGGUUCGACCCUGUCCUGGGCAACCCCAACGAGGAGGUGGCGAGAUUCUAUGCUGAGAGCAUGAAUGGGGCUGGGCUCCAUGAGGCCUGGCCUCUGCGUUUCGGCCUGCUCCUAUUGUUGCUCUGGCUGCUCAGCUGA